CCAGUCCAGGUGGUGGCGCUGGCGUUGAUGCAUCUCUAUACGGCUCUGCCACCCGCCAAUAAACACCAAAGAAGAAGACGAGGACAUGUUAAGCUAGUAGCUGAAACGGACGGCGUGUUUUCUGCUCACCACAUUUGUCGAACUGCAGAUACCAAAAGGCACAUCUGAUUGUUUGACUGUAAAAAGAAGAUAUUUAAACCUGGUGAAAUGAGCCAAAGUGACCAGUUUCCCCUUGACUGCAAGGUUUAUGUUGGGAAUCUAGGAAACAAUGGAAACAAGACAGAGUUGGAAAGUGCGUUUGGGUAUUAUGGCCCUUUAAGAAGUGUUUGGGUUGCCAGGAAUCCCCCAGGCUUUGCUUUUGUAGAGUUUGAAGAUCCCAGAGAUGCGUCCGAUGCUGUGAAAGAACUGGAUGGAAGAACCAUGUGUGGCUGUCGAGUGCGUGUCGAGUUGUCCAAUGGAGAAAAACGUUCAAGGAGCCGCGGCCAUCCUCCGUCCUGGAGCGGUAGCAGGCGCCCUCGAGAUGAUAUUAGACGACGUAGUCCUCCAGUCAGACGCAGGAGGAGGAGCCGCAGUCGCAGCAGGUCUCUUUCAAGAGAUAGAGGCAGACAGCGCUCUCUGUCCAGAGACAAGAAGGGCCCAAGAUCAAUCUCCCGGUCAAGGAGUCGUUCCAGGUCUAACGACAGGAAAUGAGGAUCCCUAAACGAUGGUUCGUGUGCAGGAUCUUGAUCUGGAUGGGGAAAAUACACAUUUUUAUAGUCAUGUCUUUCUUUUCUCUAGGGUUGGCCAAGUUACAUAUUGUGUAAUACCAGUCUGUUGAAUUAACGACAACAGUCUGAUGUCUUUUUCUCCUAAAUCAAACUCUCUUACCCUGCAUGUUUUGAAAUGAAAUUCUGGAUUUAGUUUUUACAUUGCCAUCCUGUUUUUUAAACUGUUGAAUUAAAGCUCAUAUGAUGUU